AAAGACGAUUUUAGAAAUUAAUGGUGGUUACUGACACAAUCGCAAUCGCGCGACUAGAGCCAAUAAGAAUUCGAGGUAUAUCCCGGAAAACUCGACUUCCCGCGUGUGACCACUUCCUCAUGAUGCUUGUUUGACUUUUCAAAGAUUGUUUACAAGCAAUUUUCGGAGUGCGUAGUUGUGACAAUUUGGUAUCUUAAGGACUACAACCCUCGCGAAUUUCAGUUUGAAUGUUUGAAAUAAUAUCAAGUAUGAGUUUUUUAAUGUUCAUUAAUGCUACAUUUGCCAGAUGAAACGAACUUUCGAUGACCCACUUGUUGCUUCGAGGUUAUGACGUUAUAAACAAAGAUAUGUUGCGCGUUAUAUUAUACUUUGAGUGAGGAUCGUUUUAUUCGUUUGAGAUCCUUGGGGAGGUAUGGAGGCUCCUGGAUUGAGCCUCUUCCAGGGCUCCGAUAGUAUUCAGUUGAAUUCAAAUACUCAGCGACAGCAAGAGGAAGAAGAACAAGAGGAUCUUAAACGGCGUAAUGAAGAGAUCAAAGAUCUGCUAGCAAACGCAUUUGAUGAUUUGGAGGAUGAAGAUGACGCAAGUUCAGUGAACAGUAGUCACUUCCAAGACGUAACUAGAGAUGUGGAGAGUUCUAGCAUAAUAGAAAAUUCUUCAGGACAUUUGAUACAAAAUGACAAAGGCCCAACGAUUUCUCACUAUCAGAAUGAGUUUGGAAUAUAUGGACAAAACGAGAGUAACAAUUACAAUCAAAAUUCUCUGUUGAGUGAACCAGAGGCUGAAAAGGGGCCAACCAUAUCAGAUAUUCAAAGAGAGUACGGCUUGUACCCAAGCGAUGGCACACCUUGCAGUAACAAUAACAAAGGCGGGCCGACAACAGAGCGAAGCGUCGAUAGUCCUUACGAACUGCCAAGGCCACCAAACUCUAACUUUGGACUUGAUCGUACUGGCCAAGUUAACGAAUUUUAUGUAUCCCAUGACAAUUAUCCAUUCAAUUACGAAACACCUUCGAAUCAUUAUGACGCCAAGGGAAAAACCUGUAGGAACAAUGGGUACAUUUCACCCUACGAAAAUAAUGUUCAGGGCAAAGACUAUGGCGGAGGUGGUGACAAUGAUGCUAAUUCUGAACACUUUAAUCAUUGCUUUAAAACCAGUCCGAAUGGACAACCACUCAACGAUAAUAACGCUUACAAAGCAGCCGAGUAUAACAGCAAAGAACAACUUGAAGUCUUAUAUUCUGUGAGAAUGAGAGAAAUUCAACAACUCACUGAGGAAUUGCAACAGCUUUAUACUGAAAAGGAAAAUGAGAAAGAUCAAAUGGGCAGGAAAUUGGCACUGGCCCAAGCUGAAAUUGAAAGAUCUAACUUAUCAAGGAAUCAAGCACAAAACGCCCUUGUGGAUGCAAAGGCUGAAAUUGUGGACUUACAAACUCAAGUAACGUCAUUAAAGGAAAACGUUGCUGUCCUAGAAAAAACCAAUCAAAACCUGUCGCACGAAUUGACGGUCGCGAGAGAUUCCGUAAUAGAUCUUCAGCAAAAAAUUGCAGUUCUCGAAAGAGUACAAACGCUACAUGCGAAUGACAAAACUCAAGAAAAGUUUUUGAAACAAGCUCAAGAGAAACAUGGCAUUGAGAUUAGAAAUAUGCAGACCCAAAUUGAUUUGCUGACAGACAAAUUGAACGUCAAGCAUCCGAACGUGGAUAUUAGCAAUCAAUGCAUUUGGGAAUCUUCAUACGUAUCAUUGGAGCAAAAAUUAGCAGACGUGAGAAGAGCUCACGAGACGUUGAUGGUUGAAAAAGCGGACACGGUAAACCGUUUGUCGCAAGCUUUGGAGGACAGUCAAACACAAUGUCGGAAUCUGAUGGCGAGUAAUCAAGCCCAAGAAAUGAUGCAGUUGCAAGCUCGAGUGAAGAUUUUAACGCGAGAAAAGGAAGAAUUGCAGAGCAGCGUGCACGAUUUGCAGCACAAAUUGGAAGCGGCAAAAAAUGACGCAAUGCAAUACGACUCAUUGCUGGCUACGAGUUUGGAGGAUGAAUCAGAUUCGAUAAGGCAAUUGAAAUUGGGAGAUCCGCAAAAUCGAUCUCGGGGAAAAGGGUCUGAUGAUGUUGCAAACAAAUUGAGGGGAGAACUGCAAAGGUGCUUGGCGGGACAAGCUGUGAAAAGAAAAGAAAUCCAUCGGCUGGAAAAUACUCUCUCACAGAAGGAUAAAGAGCUUAGCAAGGCGAUGGAAAUGGCAGCUACUUGCCAACAAGAAGCCGCUCGUUACGCGAAACGCGUUAGUGAAUUAGAACACGAGCUCAAAGCUGUUUUGACCGAACACACCGUUAACGCUAACGCACAGAUACAAAAACUAUCGGAUCACUUGACCGAAGUAAAAACUCACUACGGAGAACUUCGAGAAGAGAAACUCGUACUCGAAAAAAAAUUGGAAGAAACGCUGAAUAACCAACAAGAAACUCUCCGUAAACUGCAUCAGGAGUCAAUGGCCGAACAGCAGAAAGAAAUGAUCGACGAGUACAACAAAGAAUAUCUGGAUAUUCAUGAGAAAGCUGUUGAGAGAGUUCGCCAGGAAGCUCAGCUUGAAAUCGUGCAAUUGACAGUGCAAUUGGAACAGACCCAAAAAGAAUUGGAUCGUGUCAAAGAAUUGUAUAUAGAAGUAUGCGGUACAAAGGAACAGCUUAUAAGUGACCACAGGAACGAGAUAAGACUGUUGAAAGAGGAGUAUGCCAAUUUAGAGUCUCAAAAGGAAUUCAUGGAUAAAAUGAAAAAUGAUCUGGAGGUACAGGUGAAAAUUGUAUCGAGGCUUACGAAAGAGUCCGAAUCUUAUAAGGCCCAAAUAAUCGAACUAGAAAAAGAUCUGAACAUGGAACGAAAGAAAAAAGAAGAGUAUACGAAAAAAAUACACGACGAAAUUGAAAGAGCAAAAGAAGAAGCACUAGCGGAGCUUAGAAGCGCACAUCCCGAUCAACAAAUAAGCGUCGUGUUACCGGACUAUUGCUCGGAACACUCGGAUAAAAUAGCGCGCCUCGAGAACGACUGCAAGCGUCUGGAAGAAAAAUUAUCGUUAGCUGUUGAGGAGCAACGAGAAAUGUCGGAUUUACAAACGAAACUCGACGAUACCAAACUCAAGGUUGCACAGAUGGAAAUAGCCCAAGAAAGUUUGAGGAAAAAAUACGACAACGUUGUUAGUGAGAGAAACGACCUGCUCUCGAGAAUUUCAACCUUGGAAAUGAAAUUGUCCGAGACGAAAAACAGCGAGCGACGAGAUUCGGAGGAUAUUAAGUCGAAAAUUUCUCGAAUACAAUUGGACAACGAUACAUUGCGGCAGAAAUGUGAGAGCCUGUUGAAAGAGAAAAUCGAAUAUAAGGAAAAAAUUUCGAAGUUGCGGCUUGAUAUCGCGGAGAAGAAAAAAACGAUUGGAAGUUUGGAAAGCAUCUUGAACAGAUCCGGCGAAAAAAGAUCGUCUGAUCAGUUGGAGAAUACGAGAAAAGAAUUGAGCAGGUACAAGGAACUGGUCGAGCAAUUAUCUUCGAAAACGAAUGAGGGCAAGGACAAGGGAACUUCGAGUUUGUUUCUCGAAGAGCGUGUGAAACAGUUGGAAAUGGAUCUUGCAGCGAAGGAGUUAAAGCUUCAGAAGUUAAAAGACAUGGAAAAAAUCAAAGAAGAGAGAAAUCAGUUGUUAAUAAAAUUGAAAAACCAGGCCAAGCAGUUCGAGCAGUACGUAAAAAGUCAAAAACGAAUGUCAGCCGAGUUGAAUUUGUCACCUCGCAGUUCUGCCGAUGGUACGGAAAUGCAGAGAUUGCGUGAAAUCGCAACGAGAGAGGUCCGCGAAGAGAUGGAGCAAAAAGUGGCUAAGGAGUUGCGACUCAUCGAGGACCAGCAUCGAGAAAAACAAAAGAGUUUGGAGGAGAAGUACAAAAGUGCCUUGAUCGAGUUGCAUACGCGAUGCAAUGAGAAAACGAAAGAAAUCGAAAGUCUCAGAGAAGCUGUGCACAUGGAUAAAGUGAAGCUUCACACGUCGCUCAAAGCACAAGAAAAAAUCGUCGCACAAAUGAUAGACGCGAAACUCGACAGUUUUAAUCGUGAAUUGGCCGCAAGAAAAUUGAAAAUCGAAGAGUUGCAGGAAAAAUUGCAACAGAAGGAAAACGACACUGAGGAAGAGCGCAACGUCUGGGCCCAACAAAUGUCCGAGUGGCUCGUAGAAAUUCGCGAUAUCAAAUCGAAUGAAGAAAAAAUGACUGAAGAAAUAAAAACACUCAAAGAGGUAGAAAAAUGCUUGACCCAAAAAAUCAAAACGAUGAUGGAGAAGGAAGUUACUUUGAACAGCAGAUUGAAAUCUGCGAAAAAAACUGCUCUAAAUUGGAAAGAACGCGCGGAGAAGACUGACAAAUUCUUGUCCAUCGAGAGAAAGCGUAUAGAAGAGAAUUACGAGAGAGCCAUGAAGCUUGCACAAGAGAAAAUCGAGGCGAUAAUAAGCGCAGCGGAGGAGCAUGUUGCGGUUAAGUUAAAAGAGGUCGAAGUUCAGUACGAAGAACAGCUGGAACAAAUGCGACUUAAAAUGAAGUACAAAAACAAAUGUUGAAGUAUGUAUUACACAAAAAAAUAUGAUUUAGUUUGCAAUAUAGCUUCGAUAGUACAUAGGAUAAGCUGUAGUUAGAAGAGGCUAGUUAUUUUUUUAAUUCAAAGCACUUUAUUGUACAACACUUUUUGUUAGGGAAAGUUUACUUGGAAACCAUCGAGUUUUAUAAAAAAAAAAGCAUAGAAUGUUUCAAUCAUUUGUGUAAAUUUUCUGUGAGAGGGCACUCGCUCAAUAUGCCAAGUUAAAAAAAAAUCGUAUGAAAAUUAUAAAUUAACGACCGUCACGAAUCUUUUAAUCUUACCAGAAUAAAUCUGCUGGAUUUUCAUAUGUUUUCAAUUCUUAAGACAUAUUUUUCUAAAAUAACGAGAGCAAAGCACGAAUCUCACAAUCUUCUUCAAAAAAAUCUAAUUUUCUCACGAAAGCACGUAAAAAAUUUGAAUAAUCGCUUUUUCGACAACUCGAAUAAAAUUAUAUUUACCGAAUAGAAAAAAAAGACUAUUCAUAUAAACGAUAUAUUAAAUGUAACGUAAAACUAUCUUUGAUAAAAUUGACCUUCGAUUCGAUCGAUUUCGUUAUUAAAUUGCGUGAGCAGUGUCAAUCAAAUUUGCAAUCUCGGGACCCUAUUCCAAAUUAUACACAAUUUAGUUGCCAAAGCGAGAGAAUUUUCCGCUCGUUGCAAGCUGACAUAAUAUCUUUAAAUAAGAAUAGAUGUAGCUCGGCCCUGUAAUACAAGGGGAUAAACAAAAGUAUAGGAUCAAUUUAAUACUGAAAUAUUUACGAAAUUGUCUGCGUUGUUAAUUUUCUCGUGGUAGCCACAGAACUUCCACAACGUUAUAGAGAAAGAAAAAAAACAAACCCCUAGAAGCUUGCCAAAUUCAUCACAUAAUUACCGCACUCGACUGGAUCAUUUGACAAUGUCGACAACCAGAGUAUUAAUUUAAAGAACAAAAGUUUCAUUUUCUUAGCAAUGAGAAUAACAGCGAAAGUUUUAUGUACAGUAUUCAGUUUUAAUUAGUGAGAGAGGUUCAACGAUUUCACUACGCAAUAGUGAUACAUCGUUCCUCCAAAGUAUUUUUUACAACAUGACAAAAAAUGGUAAAACUCUCUAACUCAUAACUCAUUUUGACAAAAACAGAACAAUUGAACUUAAGAAUUUAUUAUUAAAUUUGUAUAAAGGAUAUAUAUAUUAUAUUAUAUUAUAUUAUAUUAUAUUAUAUUAUAUUAUAUUAUAUAUUAUUAUUACAUGUACUUUCUAUUCUUUGUAUAGAAUCUUAUAGUACAAUGUGCAAGUUUGACCAGCCAUAAUGUAACAAAUACGUCAUAACAUAAUAUAUUAGACGCAGAACUGAUAAAGUAUAUUGAAAUUAGUCUUGUUAAAAUAAGUGUGUACUACCGUUAAAUGUGGUCCACGAGGUUGAUGGUACCAAUUUCAAGACACUAUAGAUAUUACAUUUCGAAAAAUUAUGCUCCACAUUGAUCAUUCUCAUGAAUUGAACAAUGCUGGGCUACAAUUUUAUCGUAUUUCGCCAUUAUUGUCUUGGUUUUCUUGACAUAUGUGUACUUUUAAAUCAUUAAAGGAAAAAAAAAGGAGAAGAGAAAAUGAACAAAUAAACUCAUCUCGUGCUUGACGAAUAAGGAUUCUGAAUACCAUAACAAUAAUUAUUAAAGAGAAAAAAUCAUCACUGAAUAGAGAGUAUUAUUAAUAUUAAUUAAUUCUGUAUUUUUGUAUGUAGAGCGAAUUAAUUUAUUUUUUGUAAUAAAGAUUUUAUGUCACCUUCGUAAAAUCUUCAAUCUCUCGUUCAGUUAUGUUACUAAUUGUCCUCAUCCGAUCCAAUGAGUCUUUGGCCUUUGACAAAAUGGAAACCAAAAAAAUU